CUUCUAGAACAAAAUUUGUGCCAUCAAGCCCGAGUUCUUCCUGAGCGUCUUCGCUCCUUCGUUCCUGAUUUCCUCCAUCGAUUCCUCUCAUUCUCCAUUAAAGGUCGCAUCUUUCGGCGUUUCAUCGAUCUUUUUUGGGGAAAGGAGAUCCCUUUUUCUGGUGCCGGAUUGGCUUUCCUGUUGUUCUGAGAGCCCUUUUUGGAGAGGCUCAAUCUCUUCGUUCGAUUUAUGUUGUUUAACUAGGGUUUUGAUUUCUGGAGGAAGGUCUUCUCCAUGGGAGCGCAACAAUCCAAGGAGGAAUUGCUCUAUCAGCAGGUCAACUAUGGCAACAUCGAGGGGAUUAGAGCCCUUCGCAGCCAAGGCGCCGGACUUGAAUGGAUGGAUAAAGAAGGGAAAACCCCCUUGAUCGUUGCGUGCUUGAGGCAUGAUCUCUUUCCUGUCGCGAAGGCGCUGAUUGAAAUGGGUGCCAAUGUCAACGUAUACAGGCCUGGGUGUCAUGCAGGAACUCCCUUGCACCAUGCUGCAAAGAAGGGCCUUGAGCAAACUGUUCAUCUCCUUAUUUCCAAUGGAGCAAAUCCAUUCAUUAUGAAUGAUGAUUGUCAUACUGCACUUGAUUUGGCUAGAGAAAAGGGGCACAUUAAUGUUGUCCGGGCCAUUGAGAACCGGGUUUCUCUUUUCGCUGGAUGGCUGCGUGAAGUUCAUGGACCAGGCUUUUUGGAAGCACUUGCUCGACAACUGUUGACACGGAAAAUUUGGGUAGUUGUUUUGCCAAGUGAUGCUCGUAAUCCAACAAGACCCCUCAAGUUUGAGUUAGCUAUUUAUUCUGAUCUGCAGACUGCGAGACCACAUACUGUUAUUCAACUCUGGAACGUUCAUAUUGAAGAGCCCAAAUUCAACCAAGUAGAUCCUGCUGUUAUCAUUGUUGAUAAAGCUACAAGAGCGCGAUAUAAGUUUUUAUCUGCAUAUGAAGGUGACAAACAACAAUUACGAUGGUUCUUCAGUGCAUGCCAAGGAAUUUCCCAGGUCAUGGAUUGCAUUUCAGCAAUGCCAACAGGCACCUUAGUGCCUAGUCCACCGCAAGUAAUUUCACAUGCUUCAACACAAUCAACAGCUGCACCUACAUCAAACCCGGAAGAUAUAGAGUUGGAAAUGGCCAUAAAUGCCUCCACACGGACAGCUAUAGCGGAGGGCAUGCCUCCUCUUAUCCAAUCUGAUCCACAAACAAGCAACACAAAUGGUUGGGGCAGCUCUUCGGAUAACUCUUCUUACAAUGGCUGGGGCACUCCGGAUGUUGAUGCUCCUUCAAAGGUGAAUGGUCAAGUGCUAAUGAAUGAACCGAAUACAUGCAACGGGUGGGCUGUGCCUGAGGUCCAGCUGAAUACAAAUGCAUUGCAACCUUACAUGCGGAACCCUGAUACUCCAGUUGUUCAAUCAUCCCAGGGGGCACCUUCUACCCAAUUUGUUCCUUCUGCUCCUCCAAUGAUGGCAGAUACAUUUUAUGAUGGCCCUAUCCACUACCCAUCUAUAGAUUGCAGCCCCAUAGAUCUAAGCAUGCCGCUUGUGAAGACUGCAUCUGGAACUUCUGAAGCUAAAGAUAGUUCUACAUCCAGCUCGUCCAAAACAGGAACCGGCGAAGACAAAGCAGGCAGUAGUAGCACGACAGGUUGUUGUGUGAUCUGUUUGGAUGCUCCAGUGGAGGGAGCAUGUAUUCCAUGUGGGCAUAUGGCAGGAUGCAUGUCAUGUUUAAGGGAAAUUGAAGCGAAGAAGAAUUGGGGAUGCCCUGUUUGCCGCACCAAAAUAAACCAGAUUAUAAAGCUCUAUGCUGUCUGACCGAUCAGACCGGCUAUGCAAGGUAACUGGAGAUGCAGAUGUUGGACAUUCCUCUAUGAUUAACUUUGAUUCCCUGGUCCCCAUAACAUGUGAAUUCCAAAAGAAUUGAUGGUUGCAUGUAGGUUUGUCAGCAAAACUUUAUUGCGGAUCGUGGGGUAUAAGAGUCGCGUAAGCUGUGCAUAUUAUUCUGUUGUUAUGUCGAGUAUUAUUGUACCGAAGCGAUGUGCAUAUUAUUCUGUUGUUAUGUCUGAGUAUUAUUGUACCGAAGCGAUGGUAGUAUCGCAUACCUUGUAUUACGAUCGAUGAAAAAAAACAAAAUAUUUGUUAGUGA